CAUAGCCAUUUUCACAACUCAAAAAACUCCUCUCCCCUAUUCCUUCUCCAACACAAAAAACAGAGUAUAAAAACACAGACAAACACAAAAAAAUGGAGAAUCCAAUCGAAAUUUUCGAUGUAAUAGUAAUUGGUGCAGGUAUAAUGGGUAGCUGCACAGCUUAUCAAACAUCAAAACGUAACCAAAAAACACUCCUUUUAGAGCAAUUCGAUUUCUUGCACCAUCGUGGUUCUUCCCAUGGCGAAUCAAGAACCAUACGUGCCACUUACCCCGAAGAUUACUACCCGAAAAUGGUCUUAAAAUCUGAGACCCUUUGGUUAGAAGCUGAAGAACAAAUCGGUUACAAAGUUUACUUCAAGACUCCACAAUUCGAUUUAGGCCCUUCUGAUCACAAACCUCUUCGAGCUGUCAUUUCAAGCUGCGAGAAAAACUUGAUCCCUGUUCGAAUUAUUGACCGUAACAGCGUGUUUCAAGAAUUCAAUGGAUUGAUUCAAUUGCCUGAGAAUUGGGUUGGUCUUGUUACUGAAUAUGGUGGUGUUAUCAAGCCAACAAAAGCUGUUUCCAUGUUUCAAACACUUGCUAUCAAAAAUGGAGCCUUCUUGAAAGAUAACAUGGAAGUUGUUGAAAUCAAGAAAGAUAGUAUAAAUGGGGGUGUUUUGGUUAGUGUUAAAAAUGGAAAUAAAUUUUGGGGUAAAAAAUGUGUGGUGACAGUUGGGCCAUGGAUGAAAAAGUUAGUUAAAAGUGUGACAGGGAUUGUACUACCAAUUCAACCAUUGGAGACAACUGUGAUUUAUUGGAAGAUAAAAGAAGGGUAUGAAGCAAAAUUCACUAUUGGAAAUGGUUUUCCAACUUUCGCGAGCUACGGUGAGCCGUACAUAUACGGCACACCGUCUCUCGAGUAUCCGGGAUUGAUUAAAAUUUCGGUACACGGUGGGCGUCCCUGUGAGCCGGUUGAUCGGACGUGGGCGCCCACGCAAAGUUUGGAUCCACUCAAAGAGUGGAUCCGGGAGAAAUUCGGAGACGUGAUCGACUCCGAGAAGCCUGUCCUGACGCAGUCGUGUAUGUACUCCGUGACACCGGAUGAGGAUUUUGUGAUUGAUUUUCUUGGUGGGGAGUUUGGGAAGGAUGUUGUGAUUGCUGGUGGAUUUUCUGGGCAUGGGUUCAAAAUGGGACCAAUUGUGGGGAAAAUAUUAGGUGAUCUUGUUAUGGAUGGAGAAACAAAAGAUGUGGACUUGAUGCAUUUUAGAAUUGAGAGAUUUGAGAAAAAUCCUAAAGGAAAUUUGAAGAACUUUAAUGAUCAAGUGAGUUCAGCACAUUAAGUGAAACAUUAUCAUAGUUUAAAUUUCUUUGUUAGUUCUAUUGGUAUUAUGUAAUUGUACCUAUGUUGUAUCUUAUCAAGUGAUGUUAUUAUGUCUUAAUCUUUUA